CUGCCUUCACUCGCGGGAGCGCGCAGUAUGACGUAAGUGACUCGCCGCGCCGUGAUGAUGGCGGUGCGUGAACGCGCAGUUAAAGUAAUGGCUGCUCUGGAACGGCGGGUGCCUUGUCUCGAUGAUUUCGUGGGUCAAAGCUGGAGCGUUUGGGCAGAGAGGAUUAACCUGACAGCAUCGGACGGGUCCGAUGGGGACGAUUGCAGCAAGAAUGGCAAAAAAACGACGGAAACCAUGACACUGAGGAAGGAGGAUAUGUCGAUCUUCGGUCACUAUCCGGGACACGACGACUUUUACCUGGUGGUGUGCAGCCACUGCAGUCAGGUGGUGAAGCCACAGGCGUUUGAGAAGCAUUGUGAGAGGAGGCACGGCUCGGUCGGAAAGCUCUAUGCACACCUGCGCUCCACACCGCCGGCCGGCCAGCAGCGCUCACACGCCCGCCAUGGACACGCCCCACCCACCGCCGGCCACGGUGCAGGCGGCUGGAGCGGCAAGAGCCAAGGCGGAGGAGGAGGAGGAGCGGCACGCCCGUCGCCCCAAUCGCCCUCCACUCCACCUCAGUUUAAACACACCAAGACGCCCAAGGACGGAGUUCGCCUUUCGCCUCUGGAAAAGACGUCCAGUUCUGGUCACUCAGAGUCCACCGUAUUCAAGCAGCCUCCACCACUGGAGCCCCCGCGUAGCUCUCCUCCCCCGAGUCUCAGAGACCCGCCGUGGCCCUACGGAGGCCCGUCUCCCAGCCGACCCUCGCCGGGCUCCACCGACAAGUCCCCGGCCCAGAGAGCAGAGUCUGGCUCGGCCAACGCCGCAGCACCGCACGCCCGAAGCAACCGGCCAUAUAAGACCUCAAAAAAAGAGUGUGACCUGGACAAACACUGUGGCGUGUUGGAUCCGGAGAGGAAGAAAGUUUGUACGCGGCUGUUAACCUGCAAUAUCCACUCCAUUCACCAGCGGCGGAAGGUCGUAGGUCGAAGUAAGAACUUUGACCAGCUUGUGGCGGAGCUGAAGAUGGUCUCGAAAAAUCGAGAGCGUAGCGCUCAGAGCCACGAGGAAUCGGCCACUCAGUCCCCGAGCCCCGAGACUCCCAGAGAGCCGAACGCCUCGCCGCACUGCAGGAGACCCCUGAGCAACUCUCCUGCCUUCAGCAGGACGCGAACAUUAUCGGAGAACGCCCCCGAGGAUGAGAGGGCGGUUCGGGAGGAGGGUGUGGCUCGGGCGUCCUCCCCUCUCACUCAGGGCCGAAUCUCCAGUGACGAGAGCGAGGGAGAGGGCAAUGACGAACCUGCCGACUGGCACUCCAGCCCCUGGCAUCCCAAACCACUCGCGGUGUGUAGGUUUGGUAGUUUUGCUCUGGGUCACGGCGUCUUCACAUUCGACAGGCGGCUUCAUCACCUGCGGUCCGCUGUGAGUGCCAUGGUGGAGAGUCACCUCAGCGCUCACCUGUGGAAGAAAAUACCUCAAGCAUCUGAGCCUCAGUCCCAGAGUUCCUCAGCCAAGCCUUCAGCCAUUCCCUCCUCCCCGUCCUUCACUUCCCAUCAUUCCAAGCAGAGGGCAGGAAAUCCCAGUGCCACCUCCCUCAAGUCAUCUUCAUUUUCCUCGCACGGAGCAGGCAGGGACAGCUCCUCCUGCAGCAGGGCCUCGGCUCAUUCUGAGAAAUCCGGAGGUUCCCAGUCCGCAGCGCACUCCAAACCCGCUCAGACUGCCACGCAGCCGGGCACGGGGCGGUCCAGAAACCCCGUCGGCAGACCCAGCAAGCAGCAGCUGCGUCUCAGGGAAACGGAGCGGGCUGAACCGGCCGCUCCCGCAAAGCGGAAAGGCUCUCUGAGCGAAGCCGAUACGGUCAGCCCAGACAGGAACUGUGUGAGCCCGGAUCGGGACCGAGCCCGGCCGCUCGGCUCUGGCAAAACGGCGCCAGCUCAGAUUCCGGCUUUAGCUCCGCCAUCAUCUCACGGACAGACAAAUGGCUCACUGUCGCCGGGCCACAAGCAGAGCCGGGCCGAGCCGUGGCCAUUUAAGCGGACUCACGCGCCGGGCCGAACCUCGCCCACGGAGCCAGGCGCAUCUGGGCGAGCAGGAAACUCAGGACACCACGGCAGGCCUCCUGGAUACGAACACAGAGGCCUGGGCAAGAAGCGCAAAAGCAGCGACUCCUCUCCCCCCUCCAAAGCGCACCGGCUUCCCACCCCCCCUCGCUCCGGCUUCUACCCCUGGAAAGAGAGCAAAGGAGCACCGCUGCCCGUAGGAGGGGAGAAGAAGCUCAGUGCGCCCAAGCCAAAACUCCAUCGCUGAGCAAGCCACUAACUCGGGAGCACUGCUAACUUGUAUGGACUGUGGACCCAAGUCUCCAGACGUGUGUGUGUGUGUGUGUGUGUGUGUGUGUGUGUGUGUGUGUGUGUGUGUGUCUGCGGGCGGGCGUGUGUGCGUGCGUGCGUGCGUCUGCGUGUGUGAAUGCGAGGUCGAGUGUGUUGUGUGUCUGAGUCUGGAAGUGUUAGACCAGUGUGGAUCAUUACAACGAUGGUCCUUUUAAAAAGCCAAUAUAUGAAUGUGAGUGCGAGUGGAUGGCAGAUGAUGGGGGAGUGAAUUUCUCCGUGAAUUCAGAAAUACCUCACAAUCUACUG